AUGCUGUGCGUUGUCCUUUUCCUGGCACUGACGGCCCAUUCUGUUCUGGCUGAGUGCACUGAGGGCUGGUUACAGUUCGAAGAUUUAUGUGUCAACUUCAACAUGCCCUUCCUGACAUGGGAUGAUGCUUUGGAAGUUUGUCGUGCAUACGGGGCCAUACUGGUACAAGACAACAGCCAAGAGAAACACGACUGGCUUGUUGAACAGAUGAAGUCUAGAGGAAUCCUCAAGCUUUGGACUGGAGGUCGUAGAGACAGUUCGGGAGUGUGGAAAUGGGUGCAGAGCAACGAAACAUUUAGUUACGUCACAUGGUACCCGGGAGAACCAAACUACAAUUUUGAGAACUGUGUUUACCUUACCAAGAGAUACAACUACAACUGGAACAAUCAAGUCUGCUCUUAUAAAAUCCCGUUCGCUUGCGAAAGAAGGACACCCAGUUCCGAAGGACUAGCAGAAAGUGACUAG